CGCUGGGUGUCUGGAGGCCCAGGCGCGGGGGUGCCGAGGUUGGCUCAAGGGCAGCCCUGCUGCUGGGGGGGGGGGCCCGCCGAUGGGCUCGAGGCUGGAGGACGCCCUGGUGAAGCUCGAGGCCUACGACGCGUGCUCCGUCCGGGUGGGACUGCGCACGCUCGUGGACCUGAGCGGCCGCGACGCCAAGCAUUCGUCGGAGAUAGCCAGCGCGCUGUUGUGGAGCGGCGACGACGAGGAGGACGUGCACAGGGCGGCCUGCGAGGCCCUCGGCGCCCUCGGGCCGAGGCUGCCGGCCGCGGAGGUGUCCGCCCUUGCCGGGCAACUGCGGCACCCGCGCGGUGCCGUCCGCGCGGCCGCCGCCCGCGCGCUGGGCGCCGUCGGCCCCGCUGGCGGAUCCAGGCACGCCGACGAGGUGGCCGCGCUGGCGUCCGACCCCCACGAGGACGCCCAGCUGUCGGGCGCGGAGUGCCUGAGCGCCCUCGGAGAGGCCCAGCGCCUGGCAGCCUUCGUCCAGAGCUCCUCGCCGCCCGCCGUCCGCGUCGCGCUGCUCGGGCUUGGCCGCGCCGCGCAGGCGCGACUGGACCACGCCGGGCUGAUCGCGGCGCAGCUGGCGCACCCGGACGCUGGCGUGCGCCUCGCCGCCUGCCAGGCCUCGGGCGAGAUCGGCGGCAGCUGCACCGAGGAGCACCUGGCGAGGCUGGCGGCGGCGGCCAGCGCCGAGGGCGAGGCCAAGGUCCGGCGGGCCGCGGUCCAGGCCCUCGGCAGGGCGGGCGGCCCUGGGGUGCCGCACCUGGCCGCCUUCUUCCGGGACAAGGACGAGGCCAUCCGGCACUACGCCGCGGAGGUGCUCGCGCAGGUCGGCGGGGAGGCGACCGCGAGCUGCGCGGCGGGGCUGCUGCGGGACGCGUCGCCCGAGGUUCGGCGCGCCGCGCUGCUGGCGCUGGGCAGGACUGGCCCGGCCGGCCUCCACCACGCCGCCGCCCUCGCGGAGCGCGCCGCCGCGGAUGCGGACCGCGCGGCGCGGCUGGCCGCCAUCCAGGCGCUGGGAGAGGUGGGCGCCGAGGGGCAGGCCGGCGCGGUGGGGCAGCUGGCCGGGGAGCCGGACCAGGGCAUCAGGUUCGCCGCCGUUUGCGCCCUCUCAGGCUGGGGGGCGGUGGCGCGGCCGCAGCCCUGCCGUUCCUGGAGGACGUGGACCCGGCCGUGCGGCAGGCUGCGGUGAAGGUUUACAGCCCGCUGCACUCCAGGCUGGCGGCCGACGUGGCGCGCCCCCACGCCCCGGCAGUGGCGGCGCGGCUGACCCUGGACGAGGACUGGUGCGUCAGGCAGGCGGCGGUCGUGGCCCUCGGGGACCUGCGCGUGCCCGAGUGCGCGGAGGAGGUGGCCCUGCUGUACUGGGACGGCAGCACCCAGGUGCGCCGGAGCGCCGUCACGGCCCUGGUGAAGAUGGGCGCGCCCGCCGUCUACGUGGCCGCCUUCCUCCAGGACGGCGAUGCCUCUGUGCGCAGCGAGGCGCAGAAGGGCCACGAAGCCGCGAGCGCGGCCGAGAAGGUGCAGGAGGGCGGCGACGUGCCCGAGGUCGAGUGAGACCCGCUCCUCGUGUUCAGUCGGGCGUUGAUCCUCAGGACCGGCGCCACCCCGACAUACUACUACAAUGUGUGCGUCGGCUCCAGUGGACAAGCACACGUUGGCGCCGACACACGUCCUGCGUAUCAUCGGCCCAGGAAGGCCGCGCCUGGAGUGGCAAGCGCUUAGCUGGAUAAGAGCAGUCGCUGAUGACAACAUCCUGUCGGGAA